AUGUCUCGCGCUGGCCAACCAACCGAUGCCUCUCCUCUGGGUCGCCCUUUGGAAUUCUCUUUCUCGGGUCGAACAGUCCCCAAUCGAUUCAUGAAGGGUGCCAUGAGUGAGCGUCUGGCCUCUUGGUCAGAUGACGAACUCUCUGCCCGCGGAAUUCCUUCUGAUGAGCUCGUGCAAUCAUAUACUGUUUGGGGUCAGGGUGAAAUUGGAGUCAUCCUCACAGGCAACGUCAUGAUUGACCCAGAGCAACUGGAAACAGAAGGAAACCUCAUUAUCCCCGGUGACGCCCCCUUUUCUGGGAAGCGAUUCGAACAAUAUCAGCGCCUAGCAACUGGCGCUAGGGCCAAAGGAUCCUUGAUCGUGGCUCAAGUCAGCCAUCCUGGUCGACAGACACCUUACCAUUUGCAACCACACCCCAUCAGUGCCAGUGAUGUCCAGCUCAGUGGUGAAGUUCUCGGAAACACAUACGGUGUGCCGAGAGCCGCAACAGAGGAAGAUAUUCAACGCGUCAUUGACGGCUUUGUUCACUCGGCAGAUUUCCUAGACCGCGCCGGCUUUGACGGCAUCCAACUUCAUGCCGCCCACGGUUACUUGCUUAGCCAGUUCUUGUCCGAGACGACGAACUUCCGAAAGGACAAAUACGGAGGCAGCCUGGCCAACCGCAUGCGUCUGAUUAUCGAGAUUCGGGAAGCGAUUGCCAAGAAGGUCCGCCCAGAAUUCAGCAUUGGAAUCAAGGUCAACAGCGUGGAAUUCCAGCCCAACGGAUUCCAGCCCGAAGAAGCCCGCGAAUUGUGCCGAACACUCGAACAACACAAAUUCGACUUCGUCGAGCUCUCCGGAGGUACCUAUGAGAACUGGAAGAUGAACGAUGAAGCCAAGCGUGACUCCACCAAGAAGCGUGAAGCGUUCUUCCUUGACUUCGCACAAAUGAUUGUCUCUUCACUCAACAAGACCAAGUCAUACCUGACCGGAGGCUUCCGAUCUACGGAGGGAAUGGUUCACGCUCUGGAGACACUGGAUGGUGUCGGCCUUGCCCGUCCACUCUGCCAAGAGCCCUUCCUCUGCAGGGAUAUCCUGAGCGGGAAGGUCCCUGGCGCGCUUGUGCCCCUCAUCAACCAAUAUGACUUCGGAUUGGCUGCGGUCGCUGCUUGCAUUCAGAUGCGCCAGUUCGGAAAUAAGCUCGCUCCUAUCGACUUGAGCAAGCAGGAUGGUGCUGAUGCGGUGGCAGCAGCUGUUGGACGAUGGGCAGAGCGCAAGCAGACUGAUCGCUCGGAAGCUGCAGUUCAGCCCCCUCUUAUCCCUGGAUAUGCAAUCCCCCUGUGA